AUGAUGUUUCUUAUUCCUCAUCUCAUACUCUCUCUUAUUACUAGUUUCUAUACGGCGGUGGACGGAAGAUCUAUUAUAUCGAAUAUUGAAGAAUUGCAAUUGAGAAAGGAACUUGCUGAUCCUGUGAAGACCAUCAAGGAUAAAGCGUCAGGAAAUUGGUGGCUCAUCUAUGCUGGCUCUAUGAAAAUUGGGUAUUGGCCAAGCAACCUAUUCACUGACUUAAAUGGCGGUGCUAGUAUUCUUCGAUGGGGAGGUAUGGGUACGAGUAGCUCCACACAACUACCACUGAUGGGAAGUGGCAAAGCUGGUGACUCCCUCUAUAUGGAAAUAGCAUUUGACGAUAAAGCGGCGUCAUCUCUAGAUGACCCUCCAGUUGCAUCAUUGGAAAUAUUGGAGACAAAAUGCUAUAAAGUUGGAAAGCUUUAUAGAAUGGCUGAUUACCAUGGUUACAGGUUCUCGUUUGGAGGCGAUGGUGGAGAUGUGCAACAAUGUUCAUCAUGA